GUGAUGAAGCACUGUUACAUCAAAGAGAAACGAAAAUAGAUUUUAUGAUAACAGGCAAUGAAGGACUCGGUGAAAAAUAUAAGUGCUAUUGACGGAGUAAAUGCAGAAAACGGCCGUCGUGGUAUUAGACAAAGGCAAAGAGCUUCACAAAGUGCUUCGAAACUCGUCCAGAACCAGAGGCAGUGAACACAGACUCGAUGAACCCUUGUCGGCCAUGCAGAGGCAAACGACCGAGCUCAUUGUGACCCUCGUGUUUGUGCCUCUCUGUGUGCUGGCCUGGCAUUCUGUGUGGACGUGGCGGUGUUGUCUACACCGGUGGUGGUGAUGGUGAUAGCGAUGGUGAAUGUGCGGGACUGUGGUGGUGGUGAUGAUGGUAUUUGCGGAUGCAGCAUCUAGAAAUCGUGGUGGUGAUGGUGGUUGUUAUGGUGAGAUUCAAAAUUUUCAUCAGAGCCUUGAUGAGUUGAGACUUCCUAGUGGCUCUGAAUUUGCACACCAAGGCUGUUAUGGAGCAGUGCUGUCUGGUCCCUAUUGCCUUGUCUCUGAGGAGUCUGCAGGUGUACUCUUUGAGUGAGGGGGCUCAUACAGCAGGAUCUGGAAUCACUUAAGUACUGUAGAAUACAGAUAAAGUAUGGGCAAAUGAUUUGUGAGCCAUCAUAUAUAUCAACAACAGUAGUACAUAUCUGGGAGAGACUUCAUGAAGCAGAUAUCAACCAUGGUCCCUUCAAGUGGAUUUACUGUUCAGAUACUGAGCCUCUCUCCAGACUGGAAAUUGUGACUGAAGAAGAGGAGUAUUGUAGUCACUGCAGCCUUGCACCACAUGGGCAAAGAUGACCUGUAGCAUGCCGUUGAUGCAGAUGUUCUUGCACCUAGAUGUCAAUCCCUCAAUGAGGGCACCACAUGAGCUACACCUUCAUCCUCUCACAUUCACUAUACGUGUCUGUUCCACUCUUCGUUUCACUCUCAGCUGCCUGAUGUCUGGUGUAUGAUCCUGUACAGCUUAUUGGUGAAGACAUGGAGGUUUUUGUCUUGUGGUUCAAGAUGCGAGUCUGUUGCUGCUGCUGUCCAAUUAUCACCUGAAAGACAGUCAUUAUUAAUCAACCCUUCAGUCAUUUAAAAUUAAUAGAAGUAUUCAUGCUUAGUUGUAUUUCAAAAGGAACUAGUCUUACCAGAGAGAUAAAAUGCUAUUUCUCUCAGUGAUGAAAUUUAUAAGUUUGAUUCCAAUCAGCUCACACAGUAAAUAGAUAUGCUACAGAUUAAUGUUAUUUUAUUUCCAUCAAACCUAUAACAGCAGAAGGAAUUGCUAUCAAACUCCACUACAAUAAAAAUUCACCCACCUCCACCUAAGCCACAGUAUAAUUGAGAUGACUGGGAAGCUGAGGAACUUCAGAUUGGAAAGAGAACAGAGACAGGAAUGAGAUGAUGAAAGUGAUACUGACUGAGUUAGGGCAUGACAGGGAUGAGAGAGUGGAGAAGACAGGAAAAGAGUGGAUGGUGUUGUUGCUGGGACUGUGUAGAGAGGCGAAUGAAAGGAUGAUUGAGGCAGUGAAAGAGUUUCUGGAGAGAAUGUGGUGUGCCAGAUGUACGAACAAUUAGGAUAGAGGAUGCUGUUCGUUUCUCUUUUUUUCCUCCCUUCUACAGGAGUUGCCGAUCCAAAGGCCUGGCUCAGGAGUGAUCCUGUGCCACCUGUAGCAUCAAGAUCAAGACCAAGAUCAUUUAGGAGGACUCCAAUACGCUGAAGAGACAGUAAAGGAAGUGAUAGAAGCAGUGAGGGCAGCAGAAGAAAAGAAGAUGUGUGUGGCUGUGGUGGGGGUCCUGCGGCGCCCACGGGAAGGAGUGCAGUAUGAGAAGGUCAGAAGAGAAACGAACCGCAAGAUAUGCAUGGAACUCAUGAAGGUCAAAAUGGAAUGGAUGGCAGGGAAGAAGAGCAACGUGAGCUUCCUGGACAUGGAUGGGAUCCUCGACCAGGACAAAUUCUUCGGGAGAGACGGGGUCCACCUCAACCACAACGGGAAUGAGAGGCUAGGACGUCGACUGGCCGAGUGGAUGAGGGCGAGACAGGUGUGUUGUGUGGACGAGGCAUGACGAGGAGGACCCACUGAUGUCAGCGAAUAUGGAAGAAAAGAGACUAGCCAGAUUCCCAGCACAUUUUUUUCAGCGGCGGGUGAAGAGAGAUGUAAACUCGGACAUUCCACCGAAGAGAGAGUUGCUUGUGUACACCCCAGUGACUCCCCUCCAGCUCUCACUGUACACGGCAACUCUCACAAGCAACAUGGAGGCGUUUGUGUCGAAGAACCCACAGUGUGACCUCCAAGCCCAGGACCACUGCCACCGCAUGGGCCAAAUGUCCCCAGUCCUUGUCCUCUGCCUGAUCACCGCAGCCAGCACUGACGAGUGGACAGUGGAGAGAGCAGGGACCAAACGCAAACUAGAGCGCUUGAUUAUCCGGUCUGGCAAGUUCCGAGACGCCAGCCAGGGAGACCGGAGCUUCCAGAGGGUGGUGGGUGAGGCGGAGCUGCUGUCCCUGCUGAAGCAAAACGACCACCAUAAGGAACAUAGGGCUAGCAAGGGCCAUGGUCACAUCACCAAAGAGGAGCUAAACCAACUGCUCCACAGAAGUGACCUGACCAAGAAGAAGAGAAGAAGCUGACUGGAGUUUUCAAGGUCAUUUUAGAAGAUUGAAAGGAAGAAAGGAAGAAAAUUAAUAAAAGGAUAAAUAAUGAAGAAAAAUUAAUAGAAAGAGGAAGAAGGAUGUAAAGGAAUGACAAAUUUGAUUCCUUUAAGGCAAAGCAUGUUUCAAUCAAGUUCUAUGACAUUGGGGGUCGCAGCUUCUCCCACCACAGCACCAGGUUAGCCCCGCAUCCCCCCCCCACCUCCAUCACCACCACCAUCAUGACCACCACCAGGGUACGAGGAGAGAGCCCCAAGUCCCUCCAUUCAACUACUACUACUACUACUGCUGGUGGUGGUCAUGACUAUCAGGUGUCAAGAAGGACCCCCAGUGUGGAUAAUCAGUCGUCGGUGGACUCCAGGGGUCACAGAAGGAUUUAUGCAGGAGAGUGAAAGACUGCCUGCUGCUGCCUUGAUGCAAGAAAGCUUAGGCCACCCCACCUCACCCAUGUCUUGACAGUUAAUUCAUGCUGCAGCCCUGCCCACCAGUCCCUUGAAGCCUGGGGAGUCAGGAGGGACCAGCAGAUGAUCAGUGUAGGAGUGGAGAGCAAUGGACUGGCAGGAGUUGAAGCCGUGCUGAAGGAGAUGGAGUGGAUGGUGAAACCUGGUGCCGGUCAACCCAACAGAGUCUCGGCAGAAUUGGGUCUUCAUUCGUCAUGGAUGGAGUGGAGGACAAACCCUGGUGCCAGUCAACUGUCCUCAAGUGAAGUGUUAUGACUGAAUUGGGCCAUCAUAGAGUGAAAAUGAUGCAGCUCUGUUCAGCUCUGUCAACACUGUGUCUUCAAAGUGCAAGUGGAGUCCUGAUAGAAGUGGAGAAGUGGGUGGCCUUUGCUGAAUGUUGCAGAACCUGAGCUACACAUCAGCCCAACACUUGUGGGCGGUGGUCUAGUGGUGUUGCUGUCCUGAGGCUGGGAAACUCUCAAUUCCAGCAUCCAGCAACCUUUUUUCUGCAUGGAAAGGCAUGUGCAAACUUCAGAAACUGCUUGUCAUGUUGAAAGAAUAAAAAUUUUGUUGUAAUCUGCCUUAAGCUCAAAAAAAGAGUUGAUGUGGUUGGUUUCAAUUUCCCCCAGCAGUGAAGGAAGGACCUGGUCAGAGUCUAAGCUGUGAUUUGCACAUAGAGGCCACAUCUCUCCCUUCAGUCAGGGAGGGUCAGAAUUCUAUAGACACCCUGACCCGGGACCUCUAUGUGGAAAUUGCAUCUUAAACUUGGUCUAUAUAUAGACUUACGUCAUAGGUCAUCGUUCCUUCACUGCUGACCAACCACAUCAACUCGUCUUUUUUUUUUCCAUUUUUUUUCCCCAAGGACAAUGACCAACCACAUCAACUCUAUUUUUUUUUUCUUUACUCACUUCAAGAUACAGAAGACAGAAGGUUAUAUGAAAACUAUUAUAUACAAGGCAGCAGUUGAUGACUGAUGGCUGUUAGGUGAGGCUGGGAUGAGAGGGUGUUGCAGGUGAUGUUCCCAGGUGAGGUGGAGAGUGGUGUCACCUUGGCACACACUGAACAUAAUGUAUCUUCCAUCAGAAAAGAAUAUAAAUAAAUAGAGGUAGAAGAAACAAAAAAGAACAAGAAAAGCUGAAAAAAACAUUUCUAACAGAAUAACAGAAAAAAGCAGGAUAGAAGAUAUAGGAAAAAAAAAAAAAAAUACAGAAAUAAAAAAAAAAUAACCUCUCUCUCUCUCUCUCCCCCACACAACAUUCCUUCUCUGGGCUCCUGUACUGCUCCUUACAGCCACUCUCUUCCUGCAGAAUGAGCGGUGUCCUUCAGUGGCCUCAUGGCCCAGUCCUGCAGGAUGUACUGCUCUAGAGUCUGUCACUGCCACCCACUGCCAAUGAGUGUCCUUCACCAGCCCGGACAGGUCCAGAUUUUCAAUGACAUGCUGUUGGGAAACACUUGCUGAGAUCACUUAAUGAGAUCAGGGACAGAGAGAGAGAGAGAGAGAGUUUCCCUAAUCCUUUAAUUUGAUCACUAUCAUCCUCUAUUUUUCUUCACCUCUUUUGUUUAUCUUACAUUUUGACUUCUAAUGAAGCAUAAGUCUGUAUUUUACUUGUAUUAAAUUGCCUGCCAUUAA